AUGGGUCGAGUCUCCUUCGCCGACGAUGUAAAGAAUGAAGCCACCAUCGACGAGAUUGACGAACCCCAAGAGGAGCAGGUGAACAUCUAUCCCUACCAGAACACGCCCGAGAACAAGUCAUGGGCGGGCGCUCUGCCGCUGAAGCAGGGUCUAUACGACCCAGAGCUUGAGAAGGAUGCCUGUGGUGUAGGUUUCGCCGCCCAUAUCAAGGGCAAGGCGAGCCACAAGAUCGUCACAGAUGCACGGAACCUCCUUUGCAACAUGACCCAUCGCGGUGCGGUGGGUUCCGAUGCACGAGAUGGAGAUGGCGCUGGUGUCAUGACUUCCGUCCCACACAAGUUCUUCGUCAAGAACUUCGAAAAAGAGCAGGGCAUCAAGUUACCAGAGAUGGGCAAGUACGCCGCGGGUAACGUCUUCUUCAAGCCAGAGGAAGAGGCGCUCAAGGAGACGCUCGACAAAUUCGAGGAUAUCGCAGAUCAACUCGACCUGCGAGUACUCGGCUGGCGUGAGGUGCCCAAGGACAGCACACUGCUUGGUCCUGCUGCAAAGUCGCGAGAGCCAAUCAUUCUUCAGCCAUUCGUGGUCAUGAAGUCGUGGUACGGCAGUGGCAAAGAGCCAGCAUCGGACUUCAACGACAAGUACGAGGAGCAGGUCUUCGAGCGACAACUUUACGUGCUGCGAAAGCGCGCUACACACGUUGUUGGUCUGCACAACUGGUUCUACAUCUGUUCUCUGAGCAACAAGAACAUGGUUUACAAGGGCCAGCUUUCACCAGUGCAGGUCUACGACUACUACCAUGACUUGGUCAACGUUGACUACGAAGGACACUUCGCGUUGGUUCAUUCGCGGUUCUCCACAAACACAUUCCCAUCGUGGGACCGAGCACAGCCCCUGCGAUGGGCUGCGCACAACGGAGAAAUCAAUACCCUGCGAGGUAACAAGAAUUGGAUGCGUGCGAGAGAAGGCGUGCUCAAGUCAGAGUUCUUCGGCGAUGAAUUGGAAGCACUUUACCCAAUCAUUGAGGAUGGUGGUUCUGAUUCGGCAGCAUUCGACAACGUAUUGGAGCUGCUCAUGAUCAACGGCGUUCUGUCUCUGCCAGAAGCCGUCAUGCUCAUGGUCCCAGAGGCGUGGCAGGGCAAUGACCAGAUCGACGACAAGAAGCAGGCUUUCUACGAGUGGGCUGCCUGCAUGAUGGAGCCAUGGGAUGGACCAGCUCUUUUCACAUUCUCCGACGGUCGAUACUGCGGUGCCAACCUUGACCGAAAUGGUCUCCGGCCUUGCAGAUACUACGUACUCGACGACGACAGAAUCAUCUGCGCGUCUGAAGUCGGUACAAUCGCCAUUGACCCGUCCACCGUCGUGCAAAAGGGCCGCCUUCAGCCUGGACGCAUGCUCUUGGUCGAUACUCAGGCGGGCCGAAUCAUCGACGAUGCUGAGUUGAAGGAGACGGUUUCCAACAGACAGGACUUCAGGAAUUGGAUGGACACGCAGCUUCUUGUUCUGCCUGACAUCCACAAGACUCUGCUGGAGAAGGGCACUGACCUCAGCCUCCAGCUCACCGAGACUAAGGUCCAGGAAGACCCAAGGCUGAAGGCUUUCGGAUAUUCCCUGGAGCAAGUCUCGCUGCUCCUUGCACCUAUGGCCGCUGACUCCAAGGAAGCGCUAGGUUCUAUGGGUAACGAUGCACCGCUGGCGUGCUUGGCCCAGCAGCCACGUCUUCUUUUCGAGUACUUCCGACAGCUGUUUGCGCAGGUCACGAACCCACCGAUCGAUCCAAUUCGUGAGUCUGUGGUCAUGUCCCUUGGCUCAUACGUCGGACCACAGGGCAACCUGCUCGAGAUGAACAAGGAGCAGGCCCACAGAUUGUACCUCCCAUCGCCAAUGCUCUCCGUUGAGGAGUUCAAUGCGCUUACCAACGUCACACAACUUCACAGUGACUGGACAGUUGCAACCAUUGACAUUACCUUCCCAAAGGCAGAUGGGAUUGCAGGCUACUACGAUGCUCUUGACCGCAUUUGCGAGGCAGCAUCUCAAGCGAUCGAGAAUGGUGAUAACAUCAUCAUUUUGUCCGACCGCAAGACCUCUGCAGAGCGAGUCGCCAUCUCCUCCCUUCUCGCCACCGGAAUGGUUCACCACCACUUGGUUCGCAACAGAUGGAGAGCUCAGGCUGCUCUCGUUGUUGAGACGGCUGAGGCUCGUGAGGUCCACCACAUGUGCGUGUUGGUCGGCUAUGGUGCUGAUGCUAUCUGCCCAUACCUCGCCAUCGAAUGUAUCUUGAAGCUCCACCGAGAGGGUUUGAUUCGCAAGAAGAUCAGCCCAGAAGAACUCAUUGGUAACUACAAGCACUCCUGCGAUGGUGGUAUUCUGAAGGUCAUGAGCAAGAUGGGUAUCUCGACUCUGCAGAGUUACAAGGGUGCCCAGAUUUUCGAGGCUCUCGGAAUCGACGAUGCCGUUGUUGACAGAUGCUUCACUGGUACCGCAACCCGCAUCAGAGGUAUGACCUUCGAGCUCAUUGCUCAGGACGCCUUUGCAUUGCACGAGAAGGGUUACCCCACCCGCAACAUCCACGAGAUCCCAGGUCUGGCUGAGACUGGAGAGUACCAUUGGCGUGACGGCGGUGAGCCACACGUCAACGACCCAGUCUCCAUCGCCAACAUCCAGGACGCGGUGCGCAUGAAGAACGACAAGUCUUACGAGGCUUACUCCCGUUCCGAGUACGAGCAAAUCAAGAACUGCACUCUCCGUGGUCUGCUCGACUUCGACUUUGAUGCCUUCAACCCAAUCCCCGUGGAACAGGUUGAGCCGUGGACUGAGAUUGUCCGACGAUUCGUGACUGGUGCCAUGUCGUACGGCUCCAUUUCCAUGGAGUCCCACUCCACUCUUGCUGUGGCAAUGAAUAGGCUUGGUGGCAAGUCUAACACUGGUGAGGGAGGUGAGGAUCCAGAGCGAUCUCUGCCCAUGGACAACGGCGACACAAUGCGCUCUGCCAUCAAGCAGAUCGCAUCUGGACGUUUUGGUGUUACGAGCAACUACCUCGCCGAUGCAGACGAGCUGCAGAUCAAGAUGGCUCAAGGAGCCAAGCCUGGUGAAGGUGGUGAACUGCCAGGCCACAAAGUUUCUGGACCUAUCGCAAAGACUCGCCACUCAACACCAGGUGUCGGUCUCAUCUCACCACCUCCACACCACGACAUCUACUCCAUUGAGGACUUGAAGCAGCUGAUUUACGAUCUGAAGUGCUCAAACCCACGUGCUCGUGUGUCCGUCAAGCUUGUCUCCGAGACUGGUGUUGGUAUCGUCGCCUCUGGUGUCGCAAAGGCCAAGGCUGACCACAUCCUCAUCUCCGGUCACGACGGUGGUACCGGUGCAUCCCGCUGGACUGGUAUCAAGUAUGCUGGUCUUCCUUGGGAGUUGGGUCUUGCCGAGACUCACCAGACAUUGGUUCUCAAUGAUCUCCGUGGGCGUGUUGUUGUCCAGACUGACGGUCAGCUUCGUACUGGACGUGAUGUUGCCCUCGCAUGUCUGCUUGGUGCUGAGGAGUUUGGUUUCGCGACCGCACCUCUCAUCGCCAUGGGCUGCAUCAUGAUGCGCAAGUGUCACUUGAACACCUGCCCCGUCGGUAUCGCAACUCAGGAUCCCGAACUUCGCAAGAAGUUCAAGGGCACGCCGGAGCAUGUCAUCAACUUCUUCUACUACAUCUCCAAUGAGUUGCGUGCCAUCAUGGCCAAGCUUGGCUUCCGCACCGUCAACGAGAUGGUUGGUCACACGGAGGCGCUGAAGGUCCGUGAGGAUCUGAGGAACGCGAAGACCGAGAACAUUGAUCUCUCACUCAUCCUUACACCUGCACACACCCUUCGAUCUGGUGUUGCCACCUACAACGUCCGCAAGCAAGACCACAAGCUUCACGUUCGCUUGGACAACAAGUUGAUCGCAGAGUCUGAGCUUGCUCUCGAGAAGGGUCUGCCAUGCCGCAUCGAGUGCGACAUUGUCAACACUGAUCGCGCGAUGGGUGCAACACUCUCCUACCAGAUCAGCAAGCGUUAUGGCGAGAAGGGUCUUCCACAAGACACGAUCCACGCCAACAUUCGCGGGUCUGCCGGUCAGUCGUUCGGUGCCUAUCUCGCACCAGGUGUGACUCUUGAGCUCGAGGGUGAUGCCAACGACUACGUUGGUAAGGGUCUGUCUGGAGGCAGACUUAUCAUCUACCCACCACGAUCCGCAGUCUUCAAGGCCGAGGAGAACGUUAUCAUCGGUAACGUUUGCUUGUACGGUGCCACCAUGGGUACCUGCUUCUUCCGUGGUGUAGCCGCCGAGCGUUUCGCCGUGCGUAACUCUGGUGUCACUGCCGUCGUCGAAGGUGUUGGUGACCACGGUUGCGAGUACAUGACUGGUGGUCGCGUGGUCGUCCUUGGCAGCACUGGCCGCAACUUCGCUGCCGGUAUGUCUGGCGGUAUCGCUUAUGUCCUCGACUUGCACAACGACUUCGAGGGCAAGGUCAACCAGGAGAUGGUCGAGCUCUCCAACCUCGAGGAUCCACAUGAGAUCGCAUUCCUCCGUGGUCUCAUCGAGGAUCACCACCACUACACUGGCUCCGAGCUUGCUGCACGCAUCCUGCUCGACUUCAACCGAGCACUGCCUCACUUCGUCAAGGUCCUCCCCACAGACUACAAGCGUGUCAUGGAAGAGGAGGCCAAGAAGGCAGAGGAUGCUAAGAAGGCAGAGUACCCUCUUCCAAUCCUUCCAGGCAAUGCUGUGCGCAACCUCCACGAGCAAUCGCGCGAGAACGACCAUGCAAAGGAGGCUAAGAAAGCUAGCCUCGGCGAUCUCGAAGAGAGCUUGCCCGACGGUGCAGCUGAGAAGAAGCGCUCGGCUUUGGUCUUGGACAAGACGAAGGGCUUCAUGAAGUACCAGCGUCGUUCCGAGAAGUACCGCCAAUCGAAGACACGAACCCGUGACUGGGGUGAGCUCAACUCGCGUCUCACUGAAGACGAGCUCAAGUACCAGACCGCUCGUUGCAUGGACUGUGGUGUACCUUUCUGCCAGUCAGACACUGGUUGCCCAAUCUCCAACAUCAUUCCCAAGUGGAACGAAUUGGUAUUCGCUGGCCAGUGGCAGGACGCGCUCAACAGGUUGCUCAUGACCAACAACUUCCCGGAGUUCACUGGUCGUGUCUGCCCUGCUCCCUGCGAGGGUGCUUGUGUCCUAGGCAUCAAUGAGGAUCCUGUUGGUAUUAAGUCUGUGGAGUGUGCCAUCAUCGACCGCGGUUUCGAGAUGGGCUGGAUGGUUCCUAACCCACCAAAGUUCCGCAGCGGCAAGAAGGUUGCCAUUGUCGGCUCCGGUCCAGCCGGUCUCGCUGCCGCCGAUCAGCUCAACAAAGUCGGUCACGAAGUCACCGUGUAUGAGCGCUCCGACCGCAUCGGUGGACUGCUCAUGUACGGCAUUCCCAACAUGAAGCUUGACAAGAACGUGGUCCAGCGCCGUGUCGAUUUCAUGGCCGCAGAGGGUAUCAACUUCAAGCCGAGCACGUUCAUCGGUCAGGAGGGCUACCCAAGCUUCAGCGACAUCAGAAAGGAGUCUGACGCUGUCGUCCUUGCGACUGGUUCCACCGUUCCUCGCGACCUGAAGAUUCCAAACCGCGAGCUUGGCGGCAUCCACUUCGCCAUGCAAUUCUUGCACAAGAACACCAAGUCCCUGCUUGACUCUGAGCUUGCUGACAAUGCAUACAUCUCGGCCAAGGGCAAGAACGUUAUCGUCAUUGGAGGUGGUGACACCGGAAACGACUGCAUUGGUACGUCCGUCCGACACGGUGCCAAGUCUGUCAUCAACUUCGAGCUGCUCCCACAGCCACCAGCUGCGCGUGCUGCCGACAACCCUUGGCCACAGUGGCCCCGUAUCUACCGUGUCGACUACGGUCACACCGAGGUCAAGACUCACAUGGGUCGCGACCCACGUGAGUACUGUAUCAUGUCCAAGGACUUUGUCGGUGACGAUGAAGGCAAUGUCAAGGGUGUCAACAUCAAGCGCCUUGAAUGGACCAAGAACAGCAACGGCGGUUGGGACAUGAAGGAGAUUGAAGGCAGCGAGGAGUUCUUCCCAGCUGAGCUUGUUCUCAUUUCCAUGGGAUUCCUUUCGCCAGAGGAGCGAGUCACCGAGGGCCUUGUCGAACUCGAUGGCCGCAAGAACUUCAAGACGCCACCAGGCAAGUACACCACCAACGUUGAGGGCGUCUUCGCUGCUGGUGACUGCCGACGUGGUCAAUCCUUGAUCGUGUGGGGCAUCAACGAGGGCAGACAAUCCGCACGAGACGUCGACUCCUACCUCACUGGUGUCGGCACUCAACUCCCGGUCACUGGUGGUAUCGUGAAGCGACCACCAUACGAGCUUCUUUCCAAGGCCAAUGGCGGACCUUCGCAGCUCAUUACCGCGGCGGCUUAG